UUCUCUGCCCUAGAGGAGGGACAGGAAAGGGGAGAAGCGGCUGUCUUUUCUGAUUGGCUGAGCGCUUCGUGGCAGUUGGGGCGCGAAAAGCUGGUAACAGUUCGAUGCCGUGGUGGGAAUUACGUUUUCCUCAGAUUUGAGGCGAGGACAAACAUAGGAAGGAAAGGAAGAAUCCAAGGCGUGGCAGAAGAUUCUGGAAAUAAGCUAAGGAAGCCAGUUUAUAGAUCCCAUCAACUGUCUUUGUGCUCCCAAAGACUUCUGAAUAUGGAAGGAGCCUUGAGGCCAAGACUGGCUAACUCCAGUGACUUCCAGUUUGGAGCGGUUGCCACAGAGACCAUUGAAAAUGCUCUGCUUCACUUGGCCCAGCAGAAUGAGCAAGCAGUGAUGGAGGCUGCGGGACGGAUGGGCAGCUUCAGGGAGACCCGGAUCGUGGAGUUUGUUUUUCUCCUGUCUGAACAGUGGUGUCUGGAGAAAUCUGUGAGCUACCAGGCUGUAGAAAUCCUAGAAAGGUUUAUGGUGAAGCAGGCAGAGAACAUCUGUCAGCAAGCCACACUCCAGCUGAGAAAUAACAAGGCAGAACUGCAGGGCUGGAGGGCUCUCAAAGAGAGGCUUUUCAACAAGUUUAUCCUCCGUUUGGUGUCAUGUGUUCAGCUGGCCAGCAAACUGUCUUUCCACUACAAAAUUGUCAGCAACAUCACAGUCCUGAGUUUCCUCCAGGCGCUUGGCUAUGUGUACACCAAAGAGGAACUGCUGGAGUCCGAGCUUGACGUCCUGAAGUCGCUGAACUUCCAGAUAAAUCUGCCCACUCCUCUGCUGUACGUGGAGAUGCUCCUUGAAGUUCUAGGCUACAAUGGCUGUUUGGUCCCAGCCGCACAACUACAUGCCACUUGCCUGACCCUCCUCGACCUGGUCUACCUUCUGCAUGAACCCAUCUAUGAGAGCCUGUUGAGGGCUUCAAUUGAGAAUUCUACACCCAGUCAGCUGCAAGGGGAAAAGUUUCUCUCUGUGAAGGAAGACCUCAUGCUGUUGGCAGUUGGAACCAUCGCAGCAAGUGCUUUCAUUCAAAACCAUGAAUGUUGGAGCCAGGUUGUAGAGCAUCUGCAGAACAUCACAGGCAUUGCCUCGGAAAGCAUUGCUGAGGUCUCUUACGCAAUCCUGACUCACAGCGUGGGAGCAAACACUCCUGGGCAACAGCAGCCUGUUCCCUGCAAGGCAGCCAGAGCUCUGAGGACUGCUGCUUCCUCUAACACAUGAGGCUGGCCAAAGCCCAGGCACACAGCCUUCUGUCACUGUAUUCUUUUUUCUGUUUACUUUCAUACUCAGGGUACAAAAACCCCAAGUUUCCUUUGAACAGUAUUUUGUAUUCCAAUUUCAGGCACUUUUUCCCCCCCUACAUCAGAGAUAGUUAUGGGGGUGGGGAUGAGGAGACCAUGGCCCUCAUGUCAUGGUAAGCUGAAAACGUCAAAGGGUUGGACAGCGUUAGAUUAUGAAAUUGGCUCAUUUUUGUUUAACAAGACAUUUAAUUUUUCCUAAUUUAAUCUGACUAAUAGGAAAUAUCAGAUAGAGAGAUAAGUAUUUCUGAGGGUUUUAAAACAGACUUUUGGAUAACCUUGACUGAGUAUCUCCGAAGCAGCCUUUCUUCC